AUGGCGAAAUUUAAAGGUGUCGUGCAGAUGUUUGUUGAGAAAAUUUGGAUAAAUAAAGAAAUACAUCCGAAAAUAUUUGAGCGCUGCAUUAGGCGAACGGUGCCAACAUUUUAUCUUUCAAUUGCUUUGUGGGCCGUAUUGGUAAUCUAUUGUGCCCUGCCUAUUGUAAUGCUCAUAACCAACGGACAGACGCUAAAUUCCCGCGAUAAAACAUUACCAUAUCCCAUGAUGUUUCCCUAUGAUCCUCAAAAACCUUUAAAUUAUAUCCUAACCUAUAUAGCUUCGUUUUACACUGGAGCAAUUACCGUUACCCUGUUUUAUGCCACCGAUGCCAUCUUAGCCAUAUUUAUAAGUUUCCUUUGUGGCCAAUUUGAAAUUUUACACGGCAAUAUUGUACGUUUAAUACCCGAUUGCCAUGCAGAAUGCUUGAAUAUAAAUGGAUCUUCGUCAUCGAUUGGAAAUAAUUUGGAUUUUUUGCAUUCUUUAUAUGUCAAAAGGUUGCAUGAAUUAUCCAAUACCCAUGCUAAACUUAUAAGGUUUUGUAUGGAACUGGAAAAUAUGUUUUCAUUUCAAUUAAUGGUAAACAUUAUGACAUCGACAUUUCAAAUAUGUUCUAAUAUGUUUCAGUUUGUGGUGGCUGGUCGUAAUUCGCUGAGUGACUUUUUGCGUUUCUCUCUGUUCUUCUUUUCGAUGACCGGACAAUUGUAUGUUAUGUGCCAACUUGGUACGAUACUUAUAACAAGGUCCUUAGAUACAGUAAAUUAUUUAUACACCUGCAACUGGGAAGGUGGAAAAAUAUCUCAACACUCAGCGUUGCUACAAAAUGAGGACUACAUCGAGUUGGAUACACUAAAUUCAAAGAUGCCAUCAUGGAAGCACAUAGAAUAUUAUCCAGCUAAUCGCGAAUUUCAACGAAAAUUACAAUUUAUGAUUAUGCGUAGUCAACGUCCUCUACAAUUGACUGCAAUGAAAUUUACCGUGUCGUCAUUGGGUACUUUUACAACGAUUCUCUCCACAGCAAUGUCCUAUUUUGCUCUACUGAAUUCACUUUUGGAUAAACAAAAAUAA